UCGCGCCGCAUGCGUUUUGUUUGAAAAUCCAAAGUUUAGGAAAGCGAUUAGAGUAUUUUUAAACGAUAUUUAAUCGUCGAGCGGCGUGAACUCGCCGCACUGAUAGUGCUUAACGAUAAGAAUGCGUCGAAUACAAUAACAAGACUGGAAUUAUUUCAAUAAAUUAUAGAUUUAAAUUUUUAUAGUGGAAUGAGUGUGAAAAGUGAAAAUGUGCUGCAGCGGGUUACGGGGUGGGAAGCAGUGGAGUUAGUGUUUCAGUGUGUAUUCAUAGGUCUCCUACAGUUCAUAAAACUAGGUAUUAGAAGGUUGUGGAAGGGAGCGUGUCGGCGGAAAGAGCCCUCAACUCCUUCAGUGGAGUUGACAGUGGAUUCUUCUAUUGGCAUACACUGCCACAUAAAAGUUUUGGGGGUGAAAUAUCACUAUGUAGAAACUGGGCCAAAGGAUGGCAAUAUAGCCUUGAUACUCGGAGAUGCUCCGGAUUCUGGUAAUCUCUGGGUCCCGAGCUGGUCCUCAGUCAUCCGUCGGUUAGCAGAGAACCACUACCAUGUUAUUACCCUGGAUUUGAGAGGAACUGGGGGGAGUGAGGGUGGGAACAGAAGAGAUUUGUCUCCUCCCCGAGCUGUGGCAGAAAUCACAGCUUUGUUGAAAGCACUAGGUGUGACGGAGAACAAACAAGCCAUUGUCAUUGGCUUUGGGAUAGGAGGUGUGCUUACUUGGUACCUGAGUCACAGCAAGGGCUCGCUGAUCCGCAAGAUGGCGGUGGUGGGGGCGCCGCACCCGAAUCUCUACUGGCAGUACCCGCCUGCCAGCUUCUGCACCAACCUGCAUUUCAUACAGUGGCCCCAUUUCCCAGAGAAAUGGUUGGCUGACGGUGUGAUGCAGGAGGGCACGCAGUGGACCGGCUCCCGGGCCAGGGACUGGAGCGGGGCACUUAAUUAUGUCAGAGGAGCGGCCUGGUGGCGCAUUCACCCAGGCCACAAAGUCCGUCCUCGCGCACUUCUAAUUGGCGCCCGAACGGGGGCGGCACAGUUGGUAGCCAGUGCGCAGAUGUGCGCCAGCCCAGCGUUGCGACUAGUGGCUGACCCUAGUCCACGAGAUCCGGAGCUCCCGGGAUUAAUACUGGAUUUCUUUGUUGGCAAGCCGAAACAAGCCGAAGAGGUGCCGCGCGGCAUAAUGGGUCGUGUGCUUGGCGUCAUGGCGGACAAGAGCAGAGGACUCACCCGUCUCGCUCUAACACCCAGCGACUGAACGAUCAAUUAUAUUGUUAAAUUAUAAUAAUUAUGUAAUAUAUUUAUUUUUAUUGA